AUGGAUUUUGAUAAACUGAGGAAGUAUCCGUGGGGUCUUCAUGCUUACGAUCUGCUUCUGGAUUCCAUAAAGAAAGCAAGGUUCAAGUUGAAAAAGAACAGUUAUAUAUUAGAUGGAUUCUCCUAUGCCCUACAGAUUUGGCUUAUGGAGGCGAUUCCAGACAUUGGGACUUUGCUGGGUCAAAAGUACAAGGAAGGCAUAACCAGUGUGAGAUGUCAGAACUGGUAUGGAAAUGGAAAGGUUUCUUAUCAUGAUAUCACUGCUCUAGAGACUGCACUUGGAAAGAAAGCGGUUGUGUUUCCAUUCAUAUGUGAUACCGGAAACAAUGAUGUCGUUGCUAGUGUGACAUUCAAAAGGGAUGAUGAGAAGAAAGAUGAACGAGUUGACAAAAUUAUUUCCUUGAUCAAUGCAAAAUUUGAUUGGAGCAAAUUCGUUUGGCAAGUUGAGGAAGAUAUGCGGAGUCAAGAUCAGCUACAUGAGAAGGUUGAUGUUGCUGUGGAAGCUAGUCAAGAUCAGAUAGAUGGGACAGAUGAGGUUGCCGUGGAAGGUGAACUAGAAGUAUCUGAAAAAGAAGAACAUGUUGAGCCUGUAGCUAAAAGAAGGGUCACGAGGAAGGCAAAGGAUCCCGGUUGUGAGUCUAGGAAGAGACAACUACUUUGCCAACGUGCGGCAGAACAGAACACUGGUCUCGAUGAUCAAACGAAGAUUUUUGUUACGGGAUUGUUCAACACCUCCUUCAACUCAAUGAAGGAAGAGGUUAAGAAGCAUAUGGAUCAUCGCUAUGACAAGCUUGACAGUGAGAUUGCACAGCUCAAGCAAACAGUGGCAGCAGCUAUAGUUUCAAGAAAAGAUGUCCAUGCAUCCGAGAGGCCCCAACCUUUGCCAAUGCCUAGCCCUCGUCCUAAAAGAAAGGAUGAAAAAUUAGACGAUGUAGAAAUGUUUGAUUUUCAUGGGAAUUUGCAUAAUGUAUCUGUCUCCCAAUCGUCUAACAUUGAUCUAGAGAUGGGUACACAAGAUUAUUUAUGGAAGACAAUGGGAAAUCUUACACAAGAUUCAUAUGUGAAAGGAUUCGAUCCAUCCCAAAAAGCAAAGGUUGAUGACCCAAUGGAAUGGUUAACCCUACUGACUUCAUUGAAGCCCAAGGAAACCCCACUGACUUCAUUCAAGCCCAAGGAAACCUCACUGCCAUUUUUACGGGAUAGAGAUUUGCCCGACGAUCGUGUAAAAGAUAAGGAUUACUCUUUGGUUUUCGUCCCCGAAGAAUCUUGGGCCAAACUCGUUUAG